UCGGGACUGAUUCAGCUCACACAUGGAUAAUUACUUUACCAAGCUGUUUACGAAGACAUCACCGCAAUCAAAUCCAGACUGAAUUCAGUGCUUGACACAACUCGGCAGCAGAGUGUUGGCUCGAAUGAUAGCUUUCACGUUGGGCUUUGUGAAAUGGGAGUAUGCAGCAGCAAGAGCAAAGGUGACCCUCCACCGUUCGUGACCAAACAUGAACAGUAUGCCAAGAUGUGGCUGAUGAAGGUCUCUGACUUUCUGGAGUUGCAGGGGACCCUUCCAAUGCACCAAGAGCUCCAAAAGCGAGGCCUCCUAGUUGAAUACCAAUUGAACUUUUUGGUCAUUUUUGUGUCCCAUCAAUGGGUUGGGCGCGCACAUCCUGACAGAUUUGGUGAGCAGCUGAGCGUUCUACAAGGGGCUUUGAAAAACAUCAUCAACGGUGAAGUGCAGGUGGAGAAUGACCUCAUGAGUCAGAUGAUGUUCAAAUUCAGAAGGCUUUCUCCUCAAGAACGAGGAGCGCUGAAGGAUGCAUACAUUUGGAUGGAUUGGUACAGCAUUCCGCAAGGUGGAUUUGCGAAAAGUUUGCAUGACGAGGGCAACCUGACAGAGACUGCGCAUGAAGCAUGGCGGUGUAUCAACUCCAUCCCCUAUUACGUGGACUGCAGCGACAUUUUUGUUGCCUUGGUUCCUCCGUUGCAGCACAACGAUACUGGGCUCGAGUGCAACUAUCGCUCUUGGCUGUCUCGGGGGUGGUGCAGGACUGAAAUGUGGAUGAAGCUUCUCUCGGACAAGUCCGACACACCCAUUGUUGUGGUCUCAAGCGCUAACAAGGCUGAAUUCAUCUCUCCGGUACGCUGGGUGCAUUAUCCCAUCGAAAAUGGCGAGUUCUCCGUCGAAGAGGAUCGGAAAGAGUGCUGCAGAAUUGCACAAAUAGCUUUGGAUAUCAAAUUGGAGAAGCUGGAGAGAAAUGCAGAGAAGGGGGAGAACCUCAACCUCUACAGGUACUACCUCGCUCGCUAUGAAGCGUUUUGCGGCCUUCGCGCGCGUGAACGCAGCCUUGACGACUUUCUGUCAGACUUCAAGUUUGAGAACAUACAGGCUGCCUUGAAGCAAAAGAAGGGAAUGGGUGCCAUUGCUUGUGCUGUUGCCUCUGAAGAUAUUGGAAUGUUGAAGGCUAUGGCUAAGGCCGGUGCGCCAUUGGAGACCAGGUUUCCUGAAAUCGCUGAGAUUGAUUUAUGGAUGGGCUUUACUCCGAUGCACUUGGCAGCGCUCAACAGCUGGCAUUCUGAACAGCCUUUGCUCGAGCUCUUGAAACUGAAAGGAAACGUUAAUGCAAAUUGUGCCAUUGGUACUUCUGCCCUUGGCACCUGCCGCAAUGCAAGCGCUGUGCAACUCAUGGUGGAGUAUGGCGCUGAUGUGAACUUUGGAAAGGGUCCAAUAUAUAGCUCCGUCAUUAGCAAUCUGGCUGGCCGGGGUGCAGAGCCAGAAGCCAUCCGGAAGCUGGUCGAGCUGAAGGCGGAUGUGAAUCCACGAGGUGUCUCUCCGUGGAACAAUGUGGCCAUGCUUUUUCAGGGCAAUCCCCAUGGCCUGGAAACUGCCCAGACAUUAGUGGACCUAAAGGCAGACGUGAACAGGCCGAAUGACAACUUUCUCUUCAUGGCAGGGCUAACAUAUUUUUGUCGCGCCUAUGAGAUGUGCUCCAAGGAUCCUCCAGCAGCCGUCUCAGUUUUUGCGAAUAGCACCAGCAGCCCCCUGGGCAGUGCAGCUAUUUUCGGCCAGACUGAGCUGGUUGAGUUUCUACUUCAGGCACGAGCUGAUGCCAACCAACGGAACGCUCGUGGUUUGUCUCCCUUGGAUCUUGCUAGAAACACGCACACACGUGAAGUGGGCUUGGAUGCAAUUGGUGUUUUUUCUCGUUUGUUGCAAUCUCUUCCAGUCUGGACGGCCAAACGGGAUGCGGCUUUCGGGCGGUGUUUGAGAUCGUUAUAAGUUAUAAGGUGUUGUGGCGUUGUGCUUGUUCAGACUUUGUGCCUUAGUUGAGCUUAUUUUGACCACUAGACUCACUAAACUAGAUGCCAGCUACCAAUGCUUGAAGGGUUUUUUUUCUGCAUGUGACAUGUGAUUCAAAGGCUGCUGCAUUUUAGGUGAUGAGUCGAUGAGGAUGAACUUUGGAAGAUUGAAUCACAGGGAGAGCAAGUCUUUUCGGUCUUUUUGCUAUAAUUAGCUGCUAUGGGGGCUGAGGUCCUGCAGCAAUCCUUCCGGGCUUCCAAACAGGAAGGGUUGUUCUUUGACAUAAGCAUCUUCAAGUCUGAGAUGGUUGAAGAGCGCUUUUGACCUUCAAGGGCACCGCAAGCAUAAGUGCUGGCUGUCCUGUUUGGGAACUACUCUACGUAUCAACGUUGCGUCCGGUGUUCCGGAGGAUCAUCUCAGGUGUUCCCAGGUCUCACGUGCUCAGAUGAUGAACCCUCCCUUUUCAGCUGAGUUCAGAACAUCGUGAACAUCGGGCUAGAGUCGGCUAGAGCUAUGUCCUCCUCCCUGCAGCACUGCUGCAGCACCCUUCCGGAUCCCUUGAUCCAUCUUGAUCCUUGAUGUCCUUUUUUGCAGCACCUGCCAGAGCCUUUUUGCGUCAGGUGCGACUGAACCCUUUAAUUUUUUGAACCCCAAAAUGCACCAAUUGGUUUUGGAAGAACCAUGGCGAGUGGGUGAAUUUGGUCUUCUAUUGUGUUGCU